AUGACAGGAGAAUCUGAUCAUAGAGCUGGUCGCUCUCCAUUUUUGGCAGUUCCAAAUUCUUAUCAACAAGCGUCUCAGGGACAAAAUCGAAAUCAAAAUAAUAGCAGCAUAUCACCAAGGAAUAAUAUCAACAAUAAUACCUCUAAUAAUAUCAAUAAUAGUAAUACUAAUCCUCUUCAUAUUGGCAGCAAUGUGCGGCCCACGAUGCAUUUAACCUCGAUGGCGGCUGCUAUAACAAUGAGUCCAUUGGGACAAAAAACACCUUCUAACCUACAUCAACGAGAAAGAGAGGCUGCUUCCUUAACAACCCCAAACCACCAUAGAACACCAGCAAUAUCUGGCCAGCAACUCCAGAGCCAACAACAAAGUUCAGGAUUGCUUGGAUCAAUGUCUAAGAAUGGUUUAUUUGCUUCGGCGUUACCUUCUAGUCUUAGAAAGGUCAGCUUCCAAAGAGAAUAUAGAGAUCCUGUUAUUAUGGAUGGGAAUACUACUACUUUGGGCUCUAAUGUGCCUAAGAAUAGCUUAAACUAUGGAAAUCCUAUAGAUAAUGAUGGUCUAACGACUACAUUGAUAACUACUACAUCUGCUGCAGAAUUAGAAAAUGGAAAUAACAGUAAUAUAAACACAGGAACCGGAACUAAUGAACCUUUUGAUUUUGCAGAUAUGUCAACUAUCGAUAAGUUACAAUCGUGGAGACAAGACGCAUUAUUUCAACAUUUGUAUUCAACUGCAGAAUUUAUUGGCAAUAAAAUUCUUUCCAUGACAAACGACUCAACAGAUGCUUUUUGGUUAGCACAGAUAUAUUACCAAAGCGGAGAAUAUACAAGAGCGAUUGAUUUGUUAUCAAAUAGUACAUCUUCGGUUGGUGGUAGUGCAAUUACCAAUAAUUGGGUCACUAUCAGUAUCCCUUGUAGAUAUUUAAUGGGACUAUGCCUUGUUGAGUUAAAGAAGUUUGAUGAAGCGUUAGAUAUUAUCGGUGAAGAAACUCUAUUUAUUCCUGAACCCAUUAAUAACUCUAACACGACUAAUAAUCAGAGCACUACAAAUAAUACUAGCGAGAAAAGCUCCUUAGAUGCUGGAAUCGACUUGGAAUCAUCAAUGUCUUACCUAAGGGGCCGUAUAUAUUUAUACCAGAACAAUUUUAAUAAAGCAAAGACGUCGUUUAUUAAUUCUAUUCUAAUAGAUAUUAAAAAUUUUGAAGCUUAUGAACAAUUAACAUCUAAAAAUCUAUUAACACCAAAAGAAGAAUUAGAUCUUCUUAAUAAAUUAGAUUUUUCUACUUUAGAUGAUAAUGAGGAAUUAAUUAAAAAUCUAUACUAUUUGAGACUAAAAAAUCUGAUAUCAGUAUCUCCAAAUUCAAAUUUAAUUGACUAUAAUAAUCAAAUUGAUUUUAAAGAAUCAAAAAAUAUUUUAAUUGAGCAAUAUAAUUUAGAAAAUAAUAUUGAUAUUUUAUUAUUUGAAAUUGAAAAUUAUUAUAAUUCAUGUAAAUUUGAAAAAUGUAUCGAUUAUUGUGAGAAGGCCUUGGAAAUUGAUGCAUUUAAUAAAAACAUCUUAACAGUAUAUAUAUCGUCCUUGUAUGAGCAAGAUGCAAAGAAUAAAUUAUUUUUAAUAUCACAUAAGCUAUCACAGAAUUUACCGAAUUCUGAAGUUACUUGGUUCAGUAUACGGCACAUACUUAUCUUUUCAAUUAAUAAAAUUAAUGAGGCAAGAAAAAACUUUUCAAAAUCUUCUUUAAUUGAUUCGAGUUUUGCCCCGGCAUGGCUAGGAUUUGCCCAUACCUUUGCAAUAGAAAAUGAGCAUGAUCAAGCUAUAUCUGCAUAUUCAACAGCAUCUAGAUUUUUCCAGGGCAUGAAUUCACCAAAUCUAUUUCUUGGUAUGCAAUACAUGUCAAUUAAUACUUUAUCUUUGGCGGAAGAAUAUUUUAUUCUAUCAUACGAUAUUAAUCCAAACGAUCCUUUACUAUUAAAUGAAAUGGGUGUUCUGUAUUUUAAAAAAAGUGAUUUGCAAAAAUCAAAGAAAUUUUUAAAGAGAGCCUUGGAUGCAUCAAAUAAGAGUUUAAACCCUAACUCAAAAACUGCUCUAUCAAUUCAAAUUAAUUUAGCACAUACUUUUAGAAAAUUAAAUGAAUUUGAAAAAUCAGUGCAAUUAAUCAAAUCGGUCUUAGAAAUUUCUGGUAAAAAUUCAAACUUAUUAUGCAAUUUGGGGUUUCUCUAUUUAAAAUUAAGACAAUUCCAAUACGCCAUUGAUAAUUUGCAUACAGCUUUAUCAAUAAAUCCUUCCAAUCAAUUAGCACAGGAGUUACUUAUUCGUGCUUUGGAAUUAAAUGUUUUAAUAAAGUUGGAUAGUGAUCACCCAUUAAACUUUUUACAAUCUAAUAGCAAUCAGAUCAAUGCAGAUAAUAAUAAAAAGAUAUCUGAAUCCAAUUUUUCAACUUCAGAUACUACAAGUACUAGAAGCAGUACCAAUUCACGAAAACGAUCCAAUAAAAAUAUUUUGAUUUCUGAUGAAUUUAGUAAGAAAUUAAGAACAAGCAAUUUCUUUAAUAAUGAUAAUGCUAGCACCAGUCAUAGCGCUUCCAAUAUUAGUACUUUCUAG